AUGCAGCAGCAACGACCACCACAGCAACUUCAAGGGAUGACUCCCUUGCAGCAACAGCAACACGCUCAGCUACAGCAGCAGCAGUUUCAACAGCAACAACAGCAGCAGCUUUUGCUCCAGCAGAUGCAACAGAAGCAGUUUCAACAACAACAACAGCAACAACAGCUUCAGUUGCAGCAACGAGCCGGCUUGAAGAACCAACCGCCACAGCAACAACAACAGCAUCAAUUCCAACUUCAGCAGCUUCAAUUGCAGCAGCAACAACUUCUUCAACAACAACAACAGCAACAGCAGCAACAGCAGCAGCAGCAGCAGCAGCACCAACAGCAACAGCACCAACAGCAACAGCAAUUGCAGCAGCAACAGCAGCAGCAACAACAACAACAACAGCAACAACAACAGCAACAACAACAACAACAACAACAACAACAACAGCAUCAGCAACAACAACAGCAGAUGCACCAACAAAUGGUGGGACAUCCACAGGGGGUCAUGCCAGUUGGACCUUCGCCGGUUCCAAUGCAUGGACAGCCUAUUCCCGGGCAACAUCCCAUGCAAAACAACUUGAUUCUUCAACAGCAGCAACAGCAACAGCAACGGAUGUUUGCUCAGAUGCAGCAACAGCAGAACCAGCACCUUCACCUAGGUGGUACCGCGAAACCUAUCACUGCAGGAUUUCCCGGGAUGCCUCCAGGAAUGCAGCCAGGAAUGCAGCCAGGAAUGCAGGCGGGGAUGCCAUCUGGAUUGCCACCGGGGAUGCAACCAGGGAUGCCAUCGGGGAUGCAACCAGGGAUGCCACCGGGAAUACAACCAGGGAUGUCAGGAGGAAUGAUCCGUCCUCCAACUAUCCUUAAUGGUACUCCUGCGGCGCCACCGCCAGUAGCUGUCAAGCAUUUCGAGGUUGAUAUCAAUGAGCAAGUUGUCCAGACGCUUCUUGAGUUGAACAAGGAGUUGAUCUCGGUCUGCAUCGACUACCAGGCAAACCAACUGACCGCCGAUCCUGACUUCAUGAAGUACCAGAUUCGUCUCCAAACAACACUCUCAUAUUUGGCCACAUGGUCAGAAAUCAGCAAAAGCAUACCGGUUUCAAAGGAACCACCACCAAAACCCGAUCUCUCGCCUCUCCCGCCGGCACGUUUCCCAUCCGCUGUUCGAGCGAUGACUGCCCUUCCCAAGGUCGCAGUCGCCUACGCAGCUGCUGAGAAAGAACGGAAAGCCAAACAACAACCCAAAACAGCAAAAGCGGACGCCUUGCGGAGGAAAUCUAAGGAUGGCAGCGUACCACCAGUGAGUCAAACCGGAAGAUCUGGCUCAGUUGACGGCACACCUGUAUUGGCUAGCGCUGCUGGUCCUGUUGCUUCAGCCGCUGUGGUCCCAAUUGGACAGGGAGUCGUCGCAGCGACGACUGCCUCAACUGCAUCACACGUUACCCCAAUUAUCGGUAGCCAGUCCAUUGCCCCACCACAGCCACGCUUCCCGCCCAAUGUCGCACUCCAGCAGCAGCAAUGGAUGCAUCAACAGCGGCUACAGCAACAGCAAAUGCAGCAAGUACAGCAUUCCCAGCAGCCACCGCCCCAGUUUGUUUCAGGAAUGCACCAGGGAGCACCUUUCUCGAGCAUGACACCGCCUUCCAUGGCACCUUCUAUACCCUCUUCUGUCGCCUCAGCCAUGUCACCUGCACAAGUUCAGUCAUCCCCAACUGUCUCCACCGCUUCUCAGUUCCAGGGUCCUGCCUCAGUGGCCCCCGAAGGCGAGUUACCUGCAGUUGUUCAGGUUGGUCUUGGUACCGAUUCUCUCUAUUCGCAAACGUCAACACCAUCAACCGCAGUGACUCCCAUCACUACUUCAACACCAAACGGAGCACCAGGCCCCGCGGGAACCCCACAGUCUGGAACUGUAUUGCUGCAUUCUUCUCCAGCUCUCGUCGGCGGCGGUAUUGGUCACCUCAAGCAGGUCAGGAGUGCCGCCAACAGUCCAGCGCUUGCUCAGGCACAGGUUCAGAUGCCGUCAUCCCCUCGAGGAGGAAUUCCUGGAUCACCCGCAGGGCAACCACAGGGAAUUCAUCACCCUGUCCAGAAUCUGAAGCAACAGAACAAUGGGAGCAGAAACAACUCGCCGCUAGUUCAGCAUCAAAUGUUACCUCAGAGAACGCCGGGAUCGGCAGCUUCUUCGCCUAAUGUGACGCACGCCACCAUCCCGCCAGUGUCGCAGGAUUCCAACAACCAACGGAUAGCAUCGCCAGCACCUGGCUCAGCUCCGUCUGUGUCAGCCAGCAUUCCUUCUCCUUUCAACCCUUCAUCACAGUCUCAAACGGCGAGCCCUGUCAUCGCCCAGCAACAGCAACAGCAACAGCAACAACAGCAACAACGGCCAAUGACGACGCCAAUGCCCAUGGCCGGUAUGGGCGUUCAUCCAGGAGCACCCAUGGGACAGCCAAUGCCGCACGGAAUGCCUAUGAGUAUGCCGAUGGGUAUGAGUAUGAGCCAGCCCAUGAAUAUGAGCGUAGGCAUGAUGGGAGGAUCAAUGCCCAUGUCAAUGCCCAUGCAGAUGCAGAUGCCCUUAACUGGAAAGCAUAUGCUGGGUGGGCAUGGGGUUCAGAUGCAAUUGGGACAACACCAGCAGCACCAGAUGACACAACUCCAGCUUCAUAUGAUGCAGCAACAUCACCACCAUCACCAAAUCCAACAGCAGCAGCAGCAGCAACAGCAGCAACAACAGCAGCAACAACAGCAACAACAACAGCAGCAGCAGCAACGUCAACAUAGUCGACAGAACAGCCCGAUGAUGAGUCCUGGCCGAGCAAGCCCUGCAAUGUUCAGUCCACCACCCUCGUCGAUGAUGAACCAAGGCCAAGUGCCUAGUCGAUCAGGAUCCAUGGACUUGACCGCUAAUCCCAACAACAACAACAGCAGUGUCAAUAGCGGCAGCGCUAUGGGUGGCAACGCCAGUCAGCAAAACUCGCCUGCGAUCGGAAGUCGUGUAGGAGUAUCGUCACUACCUGGCUCAAGAUCGGGAUCAGUGGACUUUGCCCAGCAUCAGCACCCAUUGCAGCAUCAACAGCUCCAACACCAAUUGCAGCAACAGCAACAGCAGCAGCUUCACUCGAACUCACCUUCACAACAGGGUACACCCCUGUCCUCUACCUCGUCACUGCCUCCACCUACGCCCCAACAACCCGCCAAUACUCCCGGUGGUCCUGGAAUGUCUUUCGACAGCAGUCCAAACAGUUUCCAGAGUACACCGCAAAUGGGGGCACUAGGCCAUCACCAACAGCAACAACAGCUUCAGCAGAGCCCGUUUCAGCACAGUGGAUCCAACAGUACCACGCCUGGCAGUGUUCAGGGAACACCUAAUUUUGGAAAUGGAUAUCAAGGAGGCCAUGCAGUCGGAGACAAUGAUGGGCCAGGAAGUGCCAAGGGCAUGGCUCUGUCGAUGAGCAGUGGUCAGAACUCGCCUAUGACCGAUGGUGGUUCGCAGCAGCCACCUCAACAAUCACAACAAUCACAUCAACAACAGCAGCAAGAGGAGGAAGAUGUGGGGACAGACAUGCUGAACCUUGGCAUGGGUCUGGACAUGGACAUGGACAUGGGGAUGGGGAUGACGGAUGAUCCAUUUGGCGACGGUGACUCUGGAGGAUACGGUGGUAAUAAUGACGACGGUAACAGUAAUGGUGGUAGCGGAGGAGGUGGCCAAGACUCCCGUCAGCACCAGGACCAGGACCAGGACAUAGACCACCAUCAUCACCACUCGGGGCAACAUGGUGGCGGAGGAAAUGAAGGAUUGGGGGCAAUGGAGAUGGAGGUCAACGAGGACGAAGACGAUGUCAUGAGUGGUUUCCUGAACCUGUAA